AUGGAGAACGUCGAGACAGAACAGACGCCUUUUGCGGCCGUCACGGCCCAAACGUCCAAGCUGCAGAGGCAAUACCAAGCGCUCCUAGACAAGGCUACACCACAUGUCCUAUACAGAUGGAUUGGCACAGGCGUCGCCCUGUCCUUCUUCUUCCUCCGAGUCUUUUUCGCGCAAGGCUGGUACAUAGUGGCGUACGCGCUCGGCAUCUACCUCCUCAACCUGUUCCUCGCCUUCCUCCAGCCCAAAUUCGACCCUUCGAAUGAUAUGUUGGACAACGAGAUGGAGGACGGAUCGGCCGGCGGCCUCCCAACCAAGAGCGAUGAGGAAUUCCGGCCCUUCAUCCGACGGCUGCCCGAGUUCAAGUUCUGGCACGAGGCGACGCGUGCCAUCACCAUUGCCUUUCUGUGCAGUUGGUUCGAGAUCUUCAACGUUCCCGUCUUCUGGCCCGUCCUGGUUAUGUACUGGAUCAUCCUCUUCGUUCUGACCAUGCGCAAGCAAAUCCAGCACAUGAUCAAGUACCGAUACGUACCAUUCUCCUUCGGCAAGGCGAAGUACGGCAAGAGCAGCACCUCGUAG